AUGUGUGACAUGUGUAAGGAUCAUCCAAAGUUCACAUCGUACAUUUAUGACACUUGGUUAGUUCACAAGGAGAAAUUUGUGAAGGCAUGGACAAACAGAAUGAAGCAUUUUGGAACGACAACAAGUAACAGGGCUGAAAGUGCACAUGCAAGCUUGAAGAAGAUGUUUAGGAACAACAAGGGUGACUUGUGCGUUUCAUGGGAAGCAGUGGAUAGGUUGACCAUUGUACGCCACAAUGCAAUAGAAGCCUCGUUUGAGCGCAGUAUUAACAUUGUAGAGCACCGUUUCAAGUCUCCAAUUUGCUUGAUGAAAGUCACUCAUGGACUACCUUGCGCUUGUGCACUUCAGAGUUUAUCUUCAAUUCCGUAUGCGGCAGUGGAUCCAUUCUGGAAGAUACUUUCUUGUGAACAAGUACCUGUUGUGGAGAGUCAAACCUCAAAGUAUGAUGAGAAAUACAGUGGAUGCAUGCCGCCAGAGAUUGAGGCCUUGAUUGCUCAUUUCAAUAGCUUGGAUGAUGCAGGCCAAAGUAUGCUGAGAAGGAAGCUUAAAGAGCUUUAUUGUCCUCAAAUCAGUUCAUUGUGUCCUCCUGAAGUCAAAGAACAAGAGGCGAAAGCUAGCAAGAGGAAACCUAGGCUCACCAAAACUCCUAAACCAACUAUUUGGUCCUCAACUCCAAAAUCACAGGCUCUUAAGUCAAAGAACAAGAAGUCUAUGAAGACCACCGGGGCUACCACCAACAUCUACUUACCGGAGUUGCCAUAUUUUUUGUGGCAAUAUAUACAUGAAGUGAUAGAUGUUGUCGGGGAUGGUAACUGUGGCUACAGAGUCGUCGCUGCAUUGCUGGGCCUUGAGAAUGGUCAGGACGGUUGGGUUAGGGAAGAGCUGAUUGCAGAACUCACACUCUAUCGGAAACACUAUACAAACAUGUGGGGUUAUGAUGUGGUACAGGCCAUGCACCUUCGUCUCACUCUCCCUCCUGGUGGUAGAGUCACUGAAGACAAAUGGAUGCAUCUACCGGAGAUGGGGUACCUUAUUGCUAACCGGUUUUGGGUGGUUUUCAUCUCCAUCUCGUUAAAAUCUAGUUACACUUACCUUCCGAUGAGAGGAGGCGCCCCACCGUUAGAACAUCAUGUCGUAGCUGUUGGUCAUGUGACCAAUCACUUUGUACAGCUGAAGUUGGUGUCUGGACAUCCUAUGCCGCCAAUUGCUCCCCAAUGGGAAUACAACGUUGUAGCACCCGAGUCCGAAUGGUGUAGACCGUAUCAAGAGCGUUUGGAAAGAUUUAUGGUUGAACACACUGCUUGGAUUGGUCCUCAUGUUCCUAGCAAGAAUGAUUACAUAGACAUAACAAAAGAUUGA